GAAUGCGACAGCGCCGCGUCUCGAAGCCUCCGGAGCCCAUCGAAGAGGACGGCACCUGGCACGAGGAACCUGUAUGGGAGGGGCGGCCUAGCGACGCUACCGAGCCAGAACUGCCUGUGCCCAGCGAGUCUGGUACGAAGAGUCCGGAGGCCAAAGAUGCGUCUCCACCAGAUUUGGUUCCACCCACUACUGGGCCCAGGGAAGAUCCGCAGAGCCGUGAAGAAGAAGCCAACCACCUGAGGUUCUCCUUCGAAGCCGAGAUUGGGCCGCCGAUCCUCAUCGAGGGCCAGCUCUGGAAGAAGAGGCCGAAGCUGUCACGAACGACGAAAGUCUUCAGGCUUCUCCGCCGGGAGGCAAGAGCGCUGCUUUCUCGAG